AUGAGUAACUGUGAAGUGGAGUCAAGAACUCACUCACUGGACUCAUGUGUCAGUCCUAAUAACCAACUAAUUCCAGAAUCGGACUUCUGUUACGCAGAAGGAGAUAGUUUAGAGGGCGGACCAUGUGGAGAGUGGCUUAUGUUUCAAGUACAUUUGAGAAACAAAUGCUGGCCUGGAACAAUUCGUCUACAUCUUGAAUCUUGCGAUGAGUAUUGUUUCAGGACAACAGUCCAUGUGGGAAGUUUUGCAGACGAAAGGGACAAGUGCAGGGCAAUUUCAUCCUGCGUAAACGAUAGAUUAAUGAACAACCUCUACGCAGAAUCAAUUUACAAGAACUUCGAGUGGGACGUAUGCGUUUCGGACGACAAUACAUAUAACGUUAGAUACAAAGUGUCUAUGAAGGGGAUGUUUCUGCUUUACGUGAAACUUGAUGGUAACGAUAUCGCAGGGUCUCCGUUUAACAUUUUUAUUUCAGACGGUAAAACAUGUUCACUGUCAACUAGAGUCCAAAACAUUAAUAACUUAAAAUGCAGAGCAAUGCCAGAUAUAAAGAGCAUGGUGGAAGUUAUGGAUGACGAAAGGUGGGAUUUUGAGUGUAAAAACAAGGUUCCAGAAGACUACCAGAAGAGAAGGCUUUCUACUGUUGACAAAUUGAGAAAAUACUCACUCGUAAAUGAGAUAACUUUGAAUGUUUGCGAUAAGGUUGGGAACAUAAUUAAGUACAAGACGCCCUACGUGAAAGCUUGGUGUACAAAUUUGGGGAAGGUAAUUGACGUUAAACACCUGGGUAACGGGGUUAUCUCAAUAAAGUACGUGGUAAUAGUGCCGAGACCAGACCUAGAUAAGGUAAAAACGUUUUACUCAAAUAAGAAUGAAACUGUUCUCCCGUCAUAUUUACGUAAUCUGGGAACUCCAUGCUGCUUAAAUGUUCAACUAGAUGGAGAAUCUAUAUACGGGAGUCCUUUUGUACCUGAAAUAACAAACGUAAUGGAAUUGGAGGAGUACUAUGCUAGUUUCCCAGAAACACUGGACUCCCUUUCAUUGAGCUUAAAUCACAUGUUAAGUCAGGAUAAUUUGGAAGGAUGUUCCCAGGCAAUAUUUAAUUUCUUCCACGUCAACAAGGAUAUGGAUGACAGCGAGAAAUCAAAGGCGUUUGAACUAAUAUCAAAACUGCUUGAUGAUAAAUCUAAGCAUCUGAAAAAGAACAACUUUCUAAUGGAGAGUCAAAUGUAUAAAAUGAACCACUUAAAGAAUUAUGGGCUAGGUCAACUACACCAAUUUGUGGACAGCCAAUACCAGAAGAUGCUGAAAGCUAAAACUAGUAGCAUUAUAGAGUGCAUUAAGGAGCUUAAUAGCUAUAACUCAUCUGUUAAUGGUGAGACUAAGGGGUUCAAGAAUUUGGCAGACGUUAUUUUCAACUACACUCGCAUAGGAGAUGAGUUAAGAAAGCUACACAGAUAUGAUCUUGCUGACAAAUUUGACUCCAUAAGUGAUAGAAUAUGUGAAGAGAUAGAGCUUAACAGGUGGGAGAACCUUCUCCAUGAUAAAAAGAAGAAAAUGCUAAAGAUUAAGGAGCAAGUUGAUGAAUCAGUUAAGAAGCUUGAGGAUUUUAAGAAGAAAGUUCAUGAAAAGUACGAUAACCUGGAAUUCAAACCAAUUAAAAAGAUGCAACUAGACAAAGGGACCCAGACUAUUCAGCAGGAAACAGUAACUGGAAGGCUCUUGCCAUUUGUUAAGAAUAGGUGUAUUCCUGAAGAACCGAAGACUGAGGUGGAUAAGAUAGUUGAAACUUUCUGGAGGAGGUGUAGUAACUAUGAUAUUCACUCGGGUAUAACAAAGGUACUAAAGUCAAGUAUAAGACUCAAAAACGCUCUAAACGAGAUAUUCUUCCACUACAGCAACAAAUAUAACACUAAAGAUAACAUGAUCCAGUAUGGAAUACCGAGGAAUUCUAUGGACCUCUUCCACAUGGACUUGUCAAUCAGCAAAACUUUAUUGAAUAACAGGGAAAAGUUGGACGAAAUGUUCGAUAAGUUUUCGAUAAUGAUCUCGGGGAAAAGAGUACUUCCAGAAAACAUGUGGUGUGUUUACCUUAGAGAAUUGGCUUAUAUGAACCUGUUGUACAAGAUAGCAGAAUCAGGAGACGUGAUUCUGUUAAGAGAUAAUCUACACCCAUCAAGACUUUCCGCUUUCCACCACUUUUGCCAAUUCCACAUCUUAACUCUAUAUGAAAAGUUGUUUACUACAAGACCUGAAUUCCAAAAAUCGCUAAAGUUCUACAAUACUAAAAAGCUAUUAAGAUCAAGUCUCAAUUUCAAGUAUGCAAAAGAGUCUGCACAAAUGCACUACUUCCCAACUGAAACUGACUUGGCAAACUACAUAACUACAGAGAUUCCAAACACUGUUGGCAACAAGUUAAAUGAGAAUAUAUUACAUCUAAUUUUCAAACAUUAUAGCAGACUCUCGAUGUUUGGGAAGCAGAAACAGGACCCAAAAUCUUACAACCCCGAUGACGACUCAUGGCUUUCCACUGCAAUGUUUGUAGUUUUCUCAAGAGAUUUCGGAAUUGUUCCCGGGUAUAUGGAUGGCUCAUCAGUUCAGAAAAUCGCAGAUGAUACGAUUAUAGCAAAUAUUGAGCAAAACACGUAUCAGUCUACCACCUUUAGAGGAAGACUAUUUUAUAAAGACUUUGUGGAUGCACUGGUGAACAUCAUAUCUAACUCAAUUUAUAAAAUAUGCCUAAACAGGCAUGAAAUGUACACUAAACACCUAAAAGAUAACUCAAUCCUGAAUAUCACUAAGAAGAAUAAAUUCCAUGAAACAAGGAACUGUAUCCAAACUCAAGAAUCAGUAUUGGAAGAGGUUGACGAGGUUCUACAGAUUCUAGGAUUAAACAAUCCUCUACACAUUGAAUUAACAAUUGAGGCAAUAUAUGGUUCUGAGGCCUUGGAAUAUUUACACUAG